AUGCCAGCUCACCCUCUCCCCACAAAGAUUGGCGUUGUAAUCUUCCCCGGAUUCCAACUCCUAGACUGGGCCGGUCCCUUGGACGCCUUUAAUAUCCUGUCCAACAACCACACCCUCAGCCUCUGCACCAUCGCCUACACACUAGAUCCAGUGCCAACUCAGAACUUUAUGCAAGACAAACAAGGCUCCCAGUUCUCACAGUCCAUGGUUCCGACGCAUACAUUCGAGAAUGCGCCGGAUGAUCUGGAGGUAUUGCUUCUUCCAGGAGGUCUAGGAGCACGCGGACCGGGCAGCGACGCAUGGAUGAAGCCGCAAGUUGAAUAUCUAGAGAGAUUGGAUCUGAGUGGGAAAGGAAGUAUCAAGUGGGUUCUGACUGUUUGUACAGGCAGUGAGAUUCUGGCUCGGACUGGUUUGUUAGAUGGCAGGAGGGCGACGACUAACAAGCGUGCUUUCAACGAUGUCAAAACUCAGCAUCCGAACGUCGAUUGGGUUGCAAAGGCUCGCUGGGUUGUCGAUGGCAACAUCUGGACUAGCUCUGGUAUCUCGGCUGGUAUGGAUCUGGCGUUUGCGUGGAUGGCGGAAGUAUUUGGUGAGGAGACUGCGCAGUUUGUGGCGGAUCGGAGCGAGUAUGAGAGAAACGUUGACUCAGGGAAUGAUCGGUAUGCCGAGAGAUGGGGAGCUGUGUAG